CUCCUGUUAUUUUCCAAUCGUCCCAAGUUAUUAAUACCUCUGCCUUUGUACCAUUGUCCAAUCAAUACCAUCAUCAUGUCUGACUUCACCGAGAAAAAUCGCCAGUACUUCGACAAGAUGGCUAGUACCUACAAUGACGAAUUCAAGGAAUUCAUUGAAAAGAAUUGCGCAGAGGUCCUUAGCCGCCGUGCGUGGAUCAGUGAUACCUGGACCGACACCGAGUCUGGCCGGGGUAAGGAGAUCAAAAUGCUCGAGUAUGCCUGCGGACCGGGUCCUAUAUCCAUGACUCUAGCUCCCUUCGUAAGCAAGAUCGUCGGCAUGGAUGUUUCAGAUGGCAUGAUCAGCGAGUUCAACAAACAUGCGAAGGAAGCGGGUUUAGCAGACAAGAUGACUGGAGUCAAAGCUGAUCUUCUCGCCGAGUCUGUAUCGGAGGAACUGUCCGCAGAUGAAUACACCAAUUUCGACCUUGUGGUGGUCAGCAUGGCGCUGCACCACUUUGAGAAUCCCGAGCUGGCCUUGGCGCGGUUGAGUGAGCGCCUCAAGAAAGGUGGUGUGCUUUUGGUCCUAGAGAUCCUGGCAGAAGAGGGCCACCACGAUCAUCACGGCCAUCACCAUCACCACCACCACCAUGACGAGCAGCAUGAUUCAGCUCACGGGAAGCUUGACUUUGGCGACGCCGAACACACAAUCGGCAGCCAUGGUUUCACACUAGAGCGGAUCCAGCAGCUCUAUGAAGAAGCCGGAGUAGGCCUGGGUUUUCAAAGCGAGGUGUUGGAGCAUAAGAUGGCGUUCAAGGUUCAUAAGAAGCUGCCAAAAGCCCUAUUCCUUGCUCGGGGACAGCGCUGCUGA